UUUAUUUGUAUCAUCAAUAUAUUUUCUAAUCACCAAUUUAUCUCGCAUGUAUCAUAUUCAAGAAACAUAUUAUCUCAAAUAAUCUACUAUUCAAACGCACUCCUUAUUUUCUUCCCGUCUCCUUCUCUGAAUCUCUACUGUGACUCUCGCCUUAGCCUGAGACAAACUCCAUCAGUGAUUGAAUUCCAGAGGAGCAAGAAGACUUGGGAACUAAUGGCAGUGUCAGUUGCAACAGGGUUGAAAAGUCUGUUCAUUCUGCUGGGAUGUUUGAUGACAGCCACCCUUAUCUACACCAUCGCCACUGAUGGCCUUCCUUUUCGUAAAGAACUCCUUACCCCGUGGAUGACUGCAACGUUGAUUGAUUUCUAUAUCAAUAUCCUAGCCUUAGGGGCUUGGGUUAUUUACAAGGAAUCAAAUUGGAUCAGUGCAAUACUUUGGAUAAUUUUAUUGGUAUGUUUGGGAAGCAUUACUACAUGUGCCUACGUAGUUUUGCAAUUAUUCAAGGUGUCACCUCAAGAAUCUUCACAAGAUCCUGUGUAUUAUGUUUUGUUGCGACAUAAGAAGAAAACUUAUUCUCGCAGGGAAGGAUCAGAACAAAAGAGUUUAUUCUCUGUUGUGACUGCAAGAUUUAUGUUUGGGGCUUUGGGUUUUCUGAUGCUGGGAACACUGAUAUACACUAUUGCCACUGAUGGUUCUCCAUUUCGCAAAGAUGUGUUGACUCCGUGGUUGUCAGCAACACUAGUUGACUUUUACAUCAAUGUUGUUGCACUAUCGGUUUGGAUUGCGUACAAGGAAUCAAGUUGGAUAGGUGCUUCUUUUUGGAUAAUUCUUUUGAUAUGUUUUGGCAGUAUCAGCACAUGUGCCUACAUACUCCUCCAGCUUUACCAGCUCUCGUCUGAGGGUCCUGUAUACCUCAUUCUUUUCAAUAGCAGCAACAGGUGCUAAAGAAUCUCCUUGCUAAAUUGAUAGGGCAGAAAACGGCUAUGAAAGAGGCAAUUGCAGUGGGAUAGCUGCGUGAAGAAACUUUCCCAUGUUUCUUUUUCUGAAUGACUUAACGCAUCUCGAUAUGAUCCCCCAUUGAGUACUUGUCUUAUUGUGUAAAUUUUAGUGUCUUACUAAUUUUUAGUCUUUCUUUUAAUUAAGAAGGAUUACUCAUUCUUCAUUAGCAAGACUUGAAUCCCAACAUAUACUAAUGACCAACUCUGUCUUGAUGGGUAAAAUUAGCUUAUCCUUAACGGUGAAUUAAAUCAUCUCUCGUAGACACACAAACACAGUAUGAAGAUCGGGUUGUUCCUCUUUGAGAUUGGAAUAGACAAACAUGAUACUUAUUAUUAUUAUUUUUUAA